AAACCGUAGCUACAGGGAGAAGCAAUAGGAGGAAACACAGACAUCUAGGUCAAUGGACACCGCACCAACGGUGACCUCGCUUCAGCUAGAUUCAUCUACAAGCUCCACUUUGCCGUCUUCCUCAGACCUGACAUUAUCAUCUUCUUCCGCUUUUACGACUCCUCCCUCCUUACCGAUGUGCACCGCCGUGCAUCCCUCGAUCGCAACCACGCUUUCUCCCUCGCUCUCCUCUUCCUCAGCCUUCCUUUCUUCAUCCACGCAUUCUCUCAGCGGUGGAUUAAGUCUCCCAAGUACUACUGCGGACCAAUUACUCCCGAGCCUGCAAAGCAGCACUGAAAGUCUUGGGGGCGACAGCACUACGAGUUCGAGCAGCAAAACGACCUCUGGCAAAGCGAAGGGAGCAGGAGGAAAGAAGAAGGAGGGAGAAUCUCAAGGAAAUGGUAGGAAACCUGCAAAUGCCCCGGUUACAAUCGCCCAUUCUCGCACAGGCCACACGUGGACUUCUGAGCAGGAUGAUUUGCUCAGAGGCCAUUUUGCGGAACGGUACUGACAAAUGGGCUGCCAUCACGGAGCACAUGCUCCCCUUCUCUUUUUCGAGCGACGAGUGCGCCGUUCGCUGGGACGAGAUCAAAGAUGUCCCUGUGAAAGGACCCUGGUCCGUUGAGGAGGACGCCCUCCUCCAGCAGCUUGUGGGUCGAUAUGGACCACGGCCAAAGAAAUGGUCGAUGCUGGCCCAGCACAUCCCCGGGCGGGCGGGGAAGCAGUGCCGAGAGCGGUGGCUAAACCACCUAGAUCGAAGCGUGAAGAAAGGGGAAUGGGAGGAGGGCGAGGACGCUAUCCUGUGCGAUGCCCAGCGGCGUCUGGGCAACAAAUGGAGUGAGAUUGCCAAACUCCUGCCCGGAAGGGCGGAGAACAGCGUCAAAAACCGCUUCAACUCACUUAUCACGCGCCGAAACUCCCAUCGCUAUGGCCCCGGGCCCCUGGGAGUAGGCGAGCUCUCCACCAUCCUGCCCUCUUCCUCCGCCCCUCCCUCGGCCCCGUGCACACCGUCGAAGACCACAGCUACCCCAACUCCCACCAUCCCUGCUCCGGGAGCAAUGCCUAGGCCACAGGCCCCCCCCAUAGUCUCCUUUCCCUUCCCUUCCUCGCCUGCUCGUCCUGCGAUGGGCCCGAGCACUGGCGCUGGAUCGAAGCGGAAAACGGAGGGCGCAAAGGGGGAAGGAGGGGAGGCCAGGAAGAAGACUUGCUUGAGCAAAUCAGCAGCUCAGGAAGGGCAAGGCGGGAAAAAAGAGGGAGCUGCUGCCUCCAAGAAACAGGGAGGACAAGGAGUUUCGGGCAAAGAGGGGGCUGAUGCGCCUAUUCCCUCCGGCCCUACAUUCUAUUCCCCCACCUCGAUGGAAGCUUAUUUUGCCUUCCUCAACAAAUUCGACCCCCAGCAAUUUCUGCAACUAACCCAGCAGCAACAGCAACUCCUGUUUUCAGCCCAGCCAUCGUCCGGGCUCAGCUUCGGGGCAGGACUUCCCUUUCUUCCCCAGCCCACCGGAGCUGGCACGCUGCACGCUCCACCGGCCUUCCUCCCUACCGCCCCGCUUCCACCAGCCACGACCAACAAGACUAAGGGCCAGACCAAAAAGGGAACAAAGGAGCAGGAAGACACUCAGCAUGAGCAACAAGACGGGCAAGAGUUGGCGAGCGAGCUGCAACUUUUCCUUGGAGCUCCCCUGUCCACGGACGCAUCCCAUGCUCCUCCUCCCUGUUUCCCGCCGGCUUCCUCGUCUUCCUCUGCCCCCUCUGCCGCUGGUUCAAUUUUGCCAGUUACAGAGGCCGAUACUCAAGAUUACCUUUCCCAGCUGGGGCUCCUGCAGCCAAAGCCCGCCGUCUCCCCCUCUUCUUCUUUCCUCCCUCCAUCGUCGACUCCUACGCUCGCCGUACCGGACGAAAAGUCUCGGAGGGAAGCGGCCGCGGGGGCCCGGGAAGGAGCACACCUGCGUGCAAAGGACGUCGGUAUUGGGUCCGGUUCUUCCUUGAGCAUUGACAUGCCCGGCGAGCCACACGGACUUGCGUCGGAGGCGGGGCAAGGCCCGCAGGUUGACGACUUAUUCUUUGCGCAGGGAGAGGCCCAGGACCUCUUCCAUGUCUCCUUGGACAGCCAAGGGUGGGAAGCUGCACGACUAGUAGGCGAACAGGACGCUCCUGGUGCCUCCGUGCCGCUCUCUGACUCUCUUCCUCCUCUCUACGGAUCGGCCCACGACACGCUGAAGGCAGAAGGACGAGAGGGAAAGGAGCCGCUUGAAGUGUUAAAUAAUACUCCUUUGGAGCAAGAAAGAGGGGAAGGGAGAGAAGAAGGAGGGGUGUUCAUGCAACACUUCCUGACAGCCUUUGGAGCGGCUGAGCAAGUGCUGCCGCCCUGCUCCCAGGCGGAAGGACAGCACCAGCACACUGACAAGGCUAGCGGCAGAGGCAGCAGCCUUGGAUCCUGGAGGGAAGAGAGAAGAGAUGGAGGUAAAACCCUGAAACGAGGGAGGAGGGAGGAAGAGGAUGAUGAUUCUAACAUGAUGCACCUGAUGAUGAUGAGCGCGUCGUCAACGGCCAUAGAAGAGAUGCUGACAGAUCUUGUCGACGAUGAUAAGGAAGAAGAUAACGUGUGGGGAGAUGGUCAAAUCAAGCGGCAACGACUUGAAAUUCUGUGA